AUGCACCACAUGUAUGCAGUUGGACUUGACGUAGAUACUCGAGCUUAUUUCACAGCAGCUACAAUGAUUAUUGCAGUUCCUACAGGAAUUAAAGUAUUCUCAUGGUUAAGAACAUGUUACGGUGGAUCAGUUCGAUACACAGCACCUAUGUUAUUCGCCUUAGGAUUCGUAUUCUUAUUCACAAUUGGUGGAUUAACAGGAGUAGUAUUAGCAAAUGCUUCAAUGGACGUUGCAAUGCAUGAUACAUACUAUGUAGUAGCUCACUUCCACUAUGUACUUUCAAUGGGAGCUGUUUUCUCAUUAUUCGCUGGAUUCUAUUAUUGGGCUCCAAAAAUCUUUGGACGAAUGUACUCAGAAACAUUAGCUCAAAUCCAAUUCUGGUCAUUAUUCAUUGGAGUAAACACAACAUUCAUGCCACAACAUUUCUUAGGACUUAGAGGAAUGCCUCGACGAAUCCCUGACUACCCUGAUGCUUUCGAAGGAUGGAACUAUGUAAGUUCAAUUGGAUCAUUAAUUUCUGUAGUUUCAAUGGGAUUAUUCCUAUAUACAAUUUACGACAUGUUUGUUAACCAACCUAUUGCUGUUGGAAACCCAUGGGGAAUUCCUGCUUUCUUCAUGAGUACUCCUGUAUUCGAAAACGAAGCACAAACAACUACAACAUUAGAAUGGCAAUUACCAAGUCCAACACCUUACCACGCUUUCAAUAUGUUACCUGUACAAUCUUAA